AAGGCGCAGCGGCAGCAAAUGUAGGAAUGUGAGAAUGCGCGGGUGCGGCUGGCUGGCUGUGUGAAGUCCUCCUACACUGCGAGCGGUGCUGUGCCCUGUGUGUCCCGUGUUGUGUGCGCGCUGUGUGCUGUCAGCUGUUCGCACUGUUGUGUUUUUAUCUCCAUCUUGGAGGACUGACGCAUUAGGACACGGCUGGACCCUGGCAGUCCGCGAUGCCCCGUGCCUGAUCCCGGUUCAACGCAGGGAGCGGCCCGAGACCACCGGCCGGGGAGACGCGGAAAGUCCGCGCCCAGGCAAGAUGGACGGCGAGACGAGCGCGACAACUUCCGCGAGCAGCGGCAGCACUGUCACCACCUCGGCCAGCUCCUCCACCCACGUGCGCAGCCAGGCACCACCUAGCUCCUUGUUUGGCGUCCCCGCUGACAGGCAGGCCGUCCAGGUGAUCCAGCAGGCGGUCCAGCGGCCGCAGAGCAUGGCGGCGCAGUACCUGCAGCAGAUGUACACUGCUCAGCAGCAGCACCUCAUGCUCCAAACUGCUGCCCUGCAACAGCAGCAGCACCUGCCGGGAACGCCGCUGCAGACCCUGGCCGGCGUGCAGCAGGCUGCAUUGCCAGGAAGCAGGCAGUCCCCUUCUUCCUCGCCCACACCCAGCGAGAGCGUCCCCCCAUCACCAGGCUCCUCCCAGACCUCGAUGACCCUGCCCACAUCUCCAGUCACACCACAGCUAGGAGGCAGAACGCCAUGCGGCAGCUCCUCAGCUACCGGGGGCACGGUGUCCCAGCAGGCCGUGCUCCUGGGGAAUGGAUCGCCUGCCUGCAGCCAGGCGCAGGUGUAUCUGCGCACUCAAAUGCUCAUUCUCACACCUGCUGCUACCAUGGCAACGGUGCAGCCCGAUCUGCCCGUAGUGUCCUCUGCCUCUGCUCAGGUGCAGAGCCUGGCCCUCCGCGCGCACCCCCCAGCGGCCACGCCUGCGGCUCAGAUUGCCCCGGUGAAAGCCGCUCAGGCACCCCAGGCUGUGGGCCCCUCCCUUCCAAAGAGCGCUGUGCUCCCCCAAAAGAGCGGCAGCCAGCAGCCAGAGAGUGCGGCGGAGGGAUCCAUCAGUGAAACACGUGGCGCCGACCUGGGCAGGUUACAGCCGGGCCAUCAGCUCGUGUCUCCGAGUAAGUCGGCCCAGACGUUGGACACGGGUUCCUAUACAGCUGUCCAGUCUCAGGCUUUGGUGAAACACCAGCUGCACUGUGCUUCGGGCCACAAGGGGGCACAUCACCAGCUCAUCAUUCAGCAACCUGCUGCCACCCAUCGGCAGGUGCAGCACAUCGCACUGCGCGUCACCACACAGGAAGCUCCCUCCCAGCACUGUCUGCCUGUGCCGAACCUAAGCACGCCGCCCGCAGAGGCGGUCCAGUCACAGCACUGUGCCACGGUUGCUCUGUCGUCGGCCUCUGAGCCGGAGACCGUGACCGUGUCUGGUGCCGCGCCGCAGUCGCCCGCCGGCCACUCGCCCACCCUAAUCAUCCAGCCUCCGCCUCCGGUGCUGGUGUCAACCCCUCCGCAGCUCAGCGCAGAGCCUCUCCCCCAGGGAGCUCCCUUGGGCCAGACGUCUCUGCCCCCAGCUGUGCCUCCACCGCUGCACUCGCACCCCCCUCCGGCUUCGCUGCAGCGCCUCUCGCUGCGCUCGGUACAGGCCCUGGCUGCGCAGUCAGGCCAGAUGUUGGUGUCAGAGGAGGAGCUGCCAGUGGCUGAAGCGCUGGUGCAGAUGCCCUACCAGUCCCUCCAGAACCUUCCUCCACCGCAGACCAUGGCUGUCGACCUGAAAGUUCAGCCUGCUGCUUCAGUGGAGCCCCCAGUGUCAGCCCAGCAGCUCUGUGAGGUGGACGGGGUUUGCGCAGUGGAAUCGAGGGAAGACGGCCUCGCCUGUCCACAGAGGAACUCGACUCCGACUCCCCCAACUCUGUCGCCAUCGGCUGGUCUGGAGAGGCACUGCAAUGACGUGUCGCCCCACUCGGAUGACUGCACAGCGGUUUCUGGCUUUUCCUGCUUAACAUCAGCCGGCAACGCCUCCGUGAUACGAUCUUCUGGGGACCCCCCUUAUGUCAACCGCUCCCCCCCUCCCCUCCUGCCUGCCGUGGUAAGAAGCACCAGCAAGCACCCCCCAGCCAGCCUACCGGGGGGUCCUGAGAGCCAGCCCCCACAGGCGAUCGUUAAACCCCACAUCCUCACACACCUCAUUGAGGGCUUCGUCAUCCAAGAGGGGCUGGAACCGUUCCCGGUGAGCCGUUCCUCACUGGGGGUGGACCAGCAGGCCACGCUGCCCGAAGUCCAGGAGACCAAAGCCAAUGGAGGACGACAGCCCGAUGACUCCCUGAUGGACCCGGAGCAGGCGGAAAACUCCACAGACACUGACAUGGACGAGGCCGUCGACGCAGCCAACGCUGCAGUGGACGGCAUGUCAGAGGCAGGGCUGACCGAUGUGUUGCGGUGCGAGUUCUGUGGGAAGACGGGCUAUGCCAACAUGUUCCUCAGGUCAAAGCGUUUCUGCUCCAUGACCUGUGUCCGACGGUUCAAUGUCAGCUGCACCAAGCGCAUCAGCCUGCUGAAGGCAGAGAAAGUGUCUCGCUGGCCUCGCCGGACAGACGGGAGGAGGGGGCGGCCCCCGCGUCGCAUCGACGGAGGUUCACGGGAACACUUCCUGCGACAGGCAGCAGCUCCAUACAGCAGCAUUAGGGAGGCACAGCCACUGCACGACAUGGAGGUGGAUGAGGAGGAGGAAGCCCCUGUUCCCAUGACAACGAGGCUCCGGCGGCAGGCGGAACGGGAUCGUGACUGCACUCGAGGGCUCAGGGUGAACGAGGCGUCGGACGGCACCGAUGGCCCCCUGCAAGCUCCUGCAUCAAACCCGAUGCUGUGGACUGUCGAAGAAGUCUGCUCCUUUAUAUAUAAUUUACCAGGGUGCCAGGAGAUUGCUGAGGAGUUCCGCUCGCAGGAGAUUGACGGCCAGGCACUGCUGCUGCUCACAGAGGAACACCUCAUGGGUGCUAUGAACAUCAAGCUGGGCCCUGCACUGAAGAUCUGCGCUCGCAUAAACUCCUUGAAGGACCCAUAGCAACAACCCACCCCAGCAUGGAGAUACAGCCCAGUGGCCUCUCCACCCCUUAGAACCUGCAAAGAGGUGACCUUUGACCUUAGGGAUUUUGUGGCAGCUGAAUGGUGUGUGUGGCUGUACCGUAGGGAGCAAGGUGUGUUCUCCUGUCAUAUUAGACCCUUCCCUCUCUGUGCUCUGUCUAGGAGUUUACCCAUAAUGCCGCUUAGCAUAUAGCUGCUUGGUACAACCAUGUGAUGUUGUCUCAAGCUGUAGAAAACAUUAAACAUUUACAGGAAAACCAGUAAGGUAUUUGAGGAUCCAAAAAUGUAAAUAGAGGCCUCUGUCUAAUAUCAUAGUGACUUUGAAACAAUUUUGUAUCAACAUACUUGUGUAACCAUAUCUCAUUCUUUUUUGAAAACAAAGUGCAUUAUAACUCUUCAGGACAAUAUUUGAAGAUUGUCUUAUACUGAAUACACUGUAUUCAUUUUCUGCAAUUUCUACACAAUGUUAUGCUUAGUUUUUAACAUUACAAAAUCAGACAUAAUUAUAGCUCUUUUUUUUUUUUUUUUUUUUACAUUUUCAAAACUGACGUGGGGACCACAGAUGCAGACCGAAUAAACAGUGUUGUACAGAACUUGUUGGUAACCAAUGUAAUGGCAAGCAUGUUCCCAUGAAAACAAUAUUCCAGUUGUGAUAACUUACUAUACAUACAAAGAUUCUGAAAGCCUGUGUACCCCAGUUUACCAAUGCUUAGAGGGGUGUCAUAUUAGUGUAAUAGCUGAAAAUAAUACAACAAAAACCUUGUCUGUCUUAUGCAUGUCUGUUUUUAGAUAUUAUUUUUCUAAUAUGUAUCUAUAUGAACCAAGGCAGCACUGGCGUGGAAAAAAUGUAGAGGUUAGUGAAGCAUUUAUAAUAUAUAAUUUUUUAUAAUUUAUAAUGUAUAACAGUUACAAAGAACUAAUUUAUGUUGAAGUAUAAAUCCAGAGUGAUGAAAAUACAUAUAUAUAUAUAUAUGAGCUUAGGUAAUAUAUCAGCAGUUAUUUCCUUCAAGUAUCUUCCUUCAA